AUUUAUCUAGUUAACUAUGCAAGAAGCAGUUUAUCCUUUUUCACAUUGUGAUAUGGAAGACAAUAUUGCAAUAUAUGACUUUUUUUAAUUUUCAAUUUGUAUUUUUUAUGCUUCGUGAACCACUUUUGAUGCCAAAAUACUCAAAUGGAUAUUUUGGUAAUUUUAUUCUUUCUCUACCUCACGUUACCUAAUAAACAUCCAAACACAAUUUUUUAACUCUUCUUCUUCAAUUACCUAUCAUUACCUACCUAAUAAAACUUUUACCUACCUCCAACCAAACAUAGCCUUAGAAAACGAAAAGAAAAAGGAAGAAGAAGAGGAAUAUCGGAAAGUUGAAAAGCACGGCGGAGAGCGAUCCACGGAACAACCCUAGCAGCGAUUUCUCCCAUUUUAAGAUUUUCAGGUCCGCCUCUCAUCUCACCAUAAUGUCUCCCAUAUACUAUAUAGCCAUGUUAUAUGUAAUGUGAUUUUAGAUUUCUCACUUCUCUUGUUAGCUUUGUUACGUUUUUUGCAUAUUGAUGUGGAUUUUAGCAUAUGGAAGGGGGUUAUGUAACUUAUAUUGUGCACUAUAUUUAGCCGUGUCAUUUGUCUUAUAUUUUUCGAUUCUCGUAUUAUCGUGUUUGUAUUGUGUGUAAAUCUAAAAUUUAUUUAUGAACAUGGUUUCUACCUAAUCCUACUUUUGUGGUGAUCCUAGAUGCACGCCAAGUUGCACACCACCCCUUCCCCACCAGACAUUUUUUUAUCUACUCUCCAAUCUCAUUAUUUCCUUUUUGGGACGUCCCAGAAAAAGCCUCAUCUUUCCUUUUAUGGAAACCUUUGAGUGGCUCACGAUAUUUCUCUUUUCUCUGCAUCACUUUCAACCAUACAUUUACACUUUCUUUAAACUUUGUGCCAAGUCAAACUGGGAGCUUUUUUUGGGAUGGAGGGAGUAAUAUAUUGACUGCUUACCUAGUGAACUUUAAUCUUCUUUCCUAUGCGGCUUGUUGUGCACUUGUGCCUUUCAGCUUCUCUCUCAUAGUCUUUUUCUUCUUAAGGAUCAAUCGUCUUCUACUGUUCUUUCAUCGCGGUAAGACUUCCUUAUCCUUGUUUUAUUUGUGAGUCCUUUUUUUGUUUAUGGUACGUUUGGUUCUUCAAGGGUAAACUAUCAAAUGAUUUUUUAAACUUACCUACUGAACCUUCAUUAUUUGUUUCCACCAUUAGCUUUCUCUCUUUUUCUAUAGAUUUUUGUUGUUUCAUAUAUAAUCUUUUAGAGUAGGUGAUUCAAUGUCAGACUAGGCAUUUUAAUAUGGGGUAGAUUUAUAAACUGAUACAAAGGAAGUAAAAAAAAUACAUGUACUCGAAGUCCAAUUUUCGCAGUAAAGACACCAUAGAAGCGAUCACUAGAAAACUGCCACAAUACUUGCACAAUAUUCAUUUGAAUCUGUGUUGCGUCAAAGGUAGGCAUGAGUCGGUGACUUAGUGUUGCCCCAUUGUAAAUCUUGAAAGUGUUUUGCCUUACCCCAGUAAUCUACCCUCCAUUUACUAGUGAAUGAGAUAUAUGAAGUAUUUUUGGAAUCCAGAUACUUUGGCUUGCAAAACAAGAAAUGGAAUUUUGCCCUACAUGUGCUAACUUAUUGCAAUUUGAGAUGCCGAAUAUGGACCGCCCUGGUGGAUUCGCCUGCCCUACUUGCCCGUAUAUAUGUGACAUUGGAGCCAGGGUCAAAAUCAAGAGAAAAAUGCAUCUAGUUCCAAAGAAGCUAGAUCCAAUUCUUUCAGUCGAUUCAAUGGACACAGCCCCAACGACUAAAGAGAGAUGUUCGACUUGUGGAUACGACGAAGCAGCUUUUGUGGAGAUGCAAACAAGGUCCGCGGACGAACCCGCGACCCGGUUUUAUAGAUGCAAAAGGUGCAGAUACACUUGGUGUGAGUACUGAGGGGGGCUUAUUGGGAGGGAGCAGUUUUGUUUUCUUUGAUGGUGGAAUGCUGUUAUUACUCUGUUGUGUUUUUCCUUUGGUCUUUUUCUUUGCCUUUUGGCAUUUAGAUGUUAUUUUCUCCAAUGUAUUUGUUUACUACAUACUCUUGUUGGGUAUCCCCCACCCAGACCAUUCACUUGGAGUUAAAUGUGACAUUAGUUUGGACUCUGGAGGUGUAGUUUAAUGAGAUAGAAGGUUAGAAUAGGUCUAGUAAAAUACUACUCCCAUA